AUGUUUGUAGGGUUUUUUUGGAACAAGAACAGAAAUCAUUUCACAUCCUUAUGCAAUUCUUCCAGCAGGCUCCAGCAGAUAAAUAAAGCCUUUGCCCCUCCAUCGGUCUACCUUUCCCAGCAGAGCACCUAAGUUGAUCCUGAAGCCUCCAGUCACCUGAUCACCCGCCAGGGCCUCUCUGGGGUAGCCAUGAAGUCCCUCAUCCUGCUCCUUUGCCUUGUUCAGCUCUGGGGCUGCCACUCGGCCCCACAUGGCCCAGGGCUGAGUUAUAAGGAAGUGAGCUGCGACGACCCAGAAACAGAGCGAGCAGCCCUGGCAGCUGUGAACUACAUCAAUUAUCACCUUCAUCGGGGAUACAAGCACACCUUGAACCAGAUUGACAAAGUGAAGGUGUGGUCUCAGCUGUCCGUCGCUGGAGAGCUGCUUGAGCUAGAAAUAGACACGCUAGAGACCACCUGCCAUGCGCUGGACCCCACCCCCUUGGCAAACUGCACCGUGAGGCAGCUGGCGGAGCAUGCUGUGGAAGGAGACUGUGAUUUCCGGCUGUUAAAACACGACGGCCAGUUUUCCGUGUUGUCUGCAAAAUGUCAUUCCAAUCCAGACUCGGCGGAGGAUGUGCGCAAGGUGUGCCCAGACUGCCCCCUGCUGGCUCCACUUAACCACGCCAAGGUGGUGCACGCCGUGCAGGCCGCCCUCGCCGCCUUCAACGCUCAGAGUAACGGCUCCUAUUUUCAGCUGGUGGAAAUUUCCCGGGGUCAACUUGUGCCUCUCCCACCUUCUACCUUUGUGGAGUUUGCAAUGGCUGCCACUGACUGUGUUGCUAAAGAGGUCACUGAUCCAGCCAAAUGCAACCUGCUGGUGAAUAAGCAAUACGGCUUCUGUAAGGCGACGCUCACUGAGAAGUUGGAUGGGGAAGAGGUUGCAGUGACCUGCAAGGUGUUUCAAACACAGCCUGUGGCCCCACAGCCCCAACCAGAUGGCGCCAACACAGCAGUCCCCACCCCUGUGGUGAACCCAGCUACAUCUGCACCCUCUCCAGCUGGCCCACCUGCAGCUUCCCUGGUGGUGGGACCUGUGGUGGUGGCAACUCCCCCAGGACCCCAGUUGCACUGGGCACACUACAACCUGCGCCAUGCCUUCAAAGAUGUGGGCUCAAUGGAGUCGGCCUCAGGAGAAGCAUUCCACCUAGGGAAAACACCCAUGGUGGCACGCCCUGGUGUUGCUGUGGCCUCUGGUCCAAUGGUUCGCCUGUGUCCAGGGAGGAUCAGACAUUUCAAGGUCUAGGCUGGACACAGUAGAGAUUAGACGGUUUAGCACAGAGAACAUAGCCACCAUCAUGUCCAAGUCACGACAUGGGUGGGGAUGUUGUCUUCUGUCAAAGCAAGUGCCACAUGUGGUAUGGAUUAAUAUCAGGUCUUGAAUCCCAACUUCACUACAUUCCUCAGGGGAGAGAAACAGAGGAGGUGAUGGUUAUGUGUGAUGAAGGCAUAAGGCCAACAACUUGAUUUUCAUUGUUUUGAUUAUAAGCCACCACCAGUGUGUUCUCUGCCUUCUGUUUGACCCCAUAAAAACAACAGGAACUGUGACUUUGAGAGGUGCUCAUGCUAAGCUUGUAUCUGCCUGUUAAUAAAAGUGCCUGAAGGGCUUUCCUUAAUAAAGAGUGUUCU